AUGGCGCGGCCGGCGGCGAAGGCACGGGCGUCGAAGCACUUGGUGGCGCUCGCCGUCGUCGCCAUCCUCGGCCUCGUCCUCGUCGCCGACUACCUCUGGGCUUCGUCCUCCGCGUCGUCCUCGGCAGUCUGGUCCUCCAGGCUUAACCUCCACACCAGCCCCACCAGUUCGACGCCGCCCGUCGCGAAAAAGAUUAAGGAGGACAAGAAAUCUGUAGGUUCGACUGACAUAAAUGCAACUUUUGCGGACUUGCCAGCUCCAGAACUAAAAUGGGAGGAGAUGGCUGAAGCACCUGUGGCCCGUUUGGAUGGUGCUGCUAUACAAAUUAAGAAUCUCUUGUAUGUAUUUGCUGGAUAUGGCACCAUUAACCAUGUGCAUUCUCAUGUUGAUAUAUACAAUUUCUCGGAUAAUACAUGGGGUGGAAGAUUUGACAUGCCCAAGGACAUGGCACAUUCACAUUUGGGGAUGGUUACUGAUGGAAGAUUCAUCUAUGUGGUAACUGGACAGUAUGGUCCACAAUGUAGGGGACCAACAACUCGAAAUUUUGUAUUGGACACAGAAACAAAAGAAUGGCAUGAUUUGCCACCAUUGCCAGUUCCUAGAUAUGCUCCAGCAACACAACUUUGGAGAGGCAGACUUCAUGUGAUGGGUGGCAGCAAGGAGGAUAGGCAUGAACCUGGGCAUGAACACUGGAGUCUUGCUGUAAAGGAUGGCAAAGCAUUGGAGAAAGAGUGGAGGAGCGAAAUACCAAUACCGCGUGGAGGUCCUCAUAGGGCUUGUGUUGUUGCAAAUGAUAAACUCCUUGUUAUCGGUGGUCAAGAAGGUGAUUUCAUGGCCAAGCCUGGGUCUCCUAUAUUUAAGUGUGUCAGAAGAAGUGAGGUUGUGUAUAGUAAUGUUUAUAUGCUUGAUGAUGGAACGACUUGGAAGGAACUUCCACCUAUGCCAAAACCAGAUUCACAUAUAGAAUUUGCUUGGGUGAAUGUCAACAAUUCUCUUGUUAUUGCUGGAGGAAGCACAGAGAAGCACCCAAUAACUAAAAAGAUGGUGAUGGUUGGUGAAGUAUUUCGGUUCAAUCUGGAUACACUGGAAUGGAGUGUGAUUGGGCGGUUACCUUUUCGAAUCAAGACCACGUUGGUAGGAUAUUGGGAUGGCUGGCUAUAUUUCACUUCUGGGCAACGAGACAAAGGACCAAAAGACCCGUCUCCUAAAAAGGAUCACCAGCUUUUGCACCAUCUAGUACAGACUACAGAGAAUCGAUCGACUCUCCAGGGGCUGUCGCAAUCUUCAUUCCAAGCUUUCGACAUUUUGAUGCAUCCAGCUACCAGUUUUUCAGGUCUAGCAUUCUUCGUGGAGUACCGUAGCCAAUACUUAGCUCAGCUCAGGGAUGCGCUUGCUGAGAUCAGGGCUUUGGUUCUGGCUCACCUUAGUCUUCUUGUCCUUGUUCCUGGUCCUGGCCUGCGCGAGCACGAUGACCUCCUGUUGUGUUGCCGUCGUGCUCCGCCUACCGGUGUUCUACCUCUUCUUCUUGUGCUGCUGCUGUUGCUUCUCGUAGGAGCCUGGUGCCAAGCGGGUGGACAAGGGGACACUGACCGCGGGCGCUCGGGCGUGGGUGUUGCAAGUCUGUGCCUGCCGCUGCCACUGAUGAUGGGAUUGCAACGGUCGGAGUCGGACGACUUCAACGUUCAACUUGGGGAGGAGGAUGAAGCCGCAGACGAUGAGGAGCCAGAGGAGGAGGCGCACAAGGAAGUCGACGCCACUAGUGACAGCGAGAAGGAGGUGGUGGUGGUGGGACGGGAGAAGCUGUUGAUCCUGCUUCCCCUACCAAUGGGUGCGGAUGCACGGCAGGAGAAGCCACCUUUGUUUGUGUGGUUGGUGGCAAUGGGUGCGGGUGCACGGCAGGACAAGCCUGUGAGUCGUCGGCGGUGGAAAUGGAAUUGUUGCAAGGAUGACAGGGGAAACAGGGGUAGCAUUUGCUCACGCACGUGCCCAUGUUGGUGUGGUGGCACUGGCACCAACUGA